AUGUAUAAAGUCCCCACAUGGCGGGAAUCGUGGCAGACGGUAGCUGCGGAGGAGGCUCUGCAGCGAAGGGAGGUGGCAGCCUGGGACCCGGAGACAGAGCUCCAGGCGGACAGCGGAGUCGUCCUUCAUCGUGUCCAGGAGGCUGAGGAGGACCUGCUUAUCUCUGACUUCUGGAGUUCAGCACUAGACGCCAUCAACAGACGUCUUACAAAACACCUGGAACAAUUGAAGUCCCCUAUGGGGACUCUUUCAAACGUCCUUGGAAACCUGCACCUUGACUCAUCAAAUGAAUCAAAUAUGGCCCCUGGCUCCAUCCCAGGAGAGAACCUGGUCACAAGACCCUGCCAUUUGAAAUGUGUGUGUUACGAUAUUGGGAACUUUGCCACCUGCAUCAUAGCUAGAAACCAGCGGUCAUUUUUGCUUCUGUUCUUGGAAAAGUGCCAGAUUCCCAGAAGUCACUGCUGGGUAUAUGACCCUCUGUUUAGCCAACUUGAAAUUGCAGUUCUUAACACCCUGGGUGUGAUUGUUCUCAGCGAGAAUGACGGAGGGAAACGCAGUAUUUGUGGGGAGCCCACCAUCUUUUACAUGCUCCACUGUGGGACUGCCUUGUACAACAACCUUUUAUGGAGUAACUGGUCAGCAGAUGCCCUUUCCAAGAUGGUCAUCAUUGGGAACAGUUUCAAAGGACUUGAAGAAAGGUUGUUGGCAAGAGUUCUGCAGAAAAAUUAUCCCUACAUUGCAAAGAUUUUAAAAGGACUAGAGGAGUUUUUUCCUCAGACUUCACAGUUCACAGACAUAUUUAAUGACACCUCUAUCCACUGGUUCCCUGUACAAAAGCUAGACCAAUUCCUCAUGGAUAUUUGGGCAUUUCAAGAAGAACCAGAUUAUCAGGACUGUGAGGGCCUUGAAAUUAUCAGGAAUGAGAAAAUGACAGCUACUGACCAGAACUUACUGUAA